ACAUGAAUUUUAUUGGCCGUCAUGAUCAUUUGGGCGGUUAUCGGCGUGUGAACACAACCACCUAUGGCAUACCCCUAUUUACGAAAAAUGAAACAACAUCGUUUGUUAAAGAAAGUGUUUCAUGGAAGUGGCACAAGGGUUCGCGUGUCAGCACCAUCAAUGAUUGGCUGCAAAUAAAAAUUGGCGGCGAUGAGGAGGUCAAGAAGAAAAAACGAAAACAAAAAUUGAAUCGUAUUAAAUCAACGAAAUACACAUUCAUAACAUUUCUGCCACAAAAUCUACUCGAGCAGUUUCGUCGAAUAGCGAAUUUUUAUUUUUUAGUUAUGACAAUUAUAUCAUUGCUAAUUGACAGUCCCGUAUCACCAAUGACAUCACUAUUGCCGUUAGUUUUUGUAAUUGCAGUGACGGCAGCUAAACAAGGCUAUGAAGAUAUUUUGAGAUAUAAAACCGAUAAUAUUGUCAAUUGUUCGCCAGUAACCGUAAUACGAGAUGGUGUGGAACAGCACAUAGAAUCCCAGUAUGUGGCCCCUGGCGACCUUGUGGUGGUGGAACGUGACUGCGAUGUACCCUGUGAUUUGGUGCUCAUACGAUCCUCAGAUCCACAUGGCAAAUGUUUUAUAACCACGGCCAAUUUGGAUGGUGAAUCAAAUUUGAAAACGUUGAUGGUGCCGCGUGAUCUACCCCUGGUCGAUCUGGAUCAACUACACAAAUUGGGUGUUAUAGAAUGUGAAAGCCCCAAGACUGAUUUAUAUAGUUUUAAUGGUAAAAUAGAAUUGGCAGGUGGUGAGGGUAAGGUACUACCUCUGACAGCAGAAAAUGUUUUGCUGCGUGGCUCUCGUGUCAAAAACACCGAAUGUGUAAUUGGCUGUGCCGUCUACACGGGUAUGACCACGAAGUUGCAAUUGAACUCCAGACUAACCCGCAACAAAUCUGCAUCCAGUGAAAUGUAUAUCAAUCGUUUUUUGAUAUUCAUUCUCAUUGCUAUGAUUGUGAUUGUAACUGUUCUGUAUUUUUUGAAACGUUAUGAGGAGUUGUUUGUGAUACCUAACUUGGCAUAUUUGGGUCCGCCGGCCGAUAGUUAUAGUGUCAAGCAAUUCCUGCAGGAUUAUCUUUCGUUUUUGAUUUUAUUCAAUUAUUUGAUACCCAUCUCAUUGUAUGUCACAAUUGAAAUGCAUCGUGUAUUGGGUGGCCUCUUCAUGGAAUGGGAUACCCAGCUGUAUGAUGAGAAUACCGAUCAGCCGUGUAUUGUAAAUACCUCAAAUUUAAAUGAAGAAUUGGGUCAAAUAAAUAUUUUGUUUUCGGAUAAAACGGGUACCCUCACCAAAAAUGAAAUGAUUUUCCAACAAUGCUCCAUAGCGGGGAGGAAAUUUAUUUAUAAAAAGACCCGAUUGCAGGAGGAGAAUUCCGCAUAUCAAAUUGAUAUUAAUAAAUUUAAUAAAGAUCAGAAAAACUUCUUCCAAGCCUUGGCCAUUUGCCACACGGUACAAGUGGCUGGAGAUAUGAACAGUAACGGCAGCGGGGAAGGUGAAAAGCUAAAACCCAUUGAAAGUGAAGCCAACACCCCAACCGCACCACAAACACCAACUCCAUUGGCAAAUAAAUAUUCCAUAUCCGAUAUCACCGAAGAAAGUCACAAUUCUAGUCAACAAUCAGAUGUUAAUGCCUUGGAAACAUCCCUGUCCACAGAUCCCAAUGGUGUACCAUCUGUGGUAAUAUCAACUCCGGUUAAUGGUCAAACAACAUCGGAUGUUAAUCCCCUACUGGAUGAUGGUGGUGAAAAGGUGGAGAGACGUAAACGUCCACACAUUGUUAAGAGAAGUCCCAAUUUCGCCAGAGCCACACCACACACCCGAAUUCAUCCAAUGUCUGUACCACCUCAGGGUUUUGAAAUGGUUAAUGGAGUGGGAGGUGGUGGUGGUGUAGCGGGUGGUGAAAGGCCAGUUAUAUUUCCAUCAUCGCUACAGAGUAUACCCACUGGACGGCCGCUGUCAAUGCAAUUUAAACGUUCUACCUCAGAAAUGGAUUUACCCGAAUAUGGUGGGGUGGGUGGUGCAAUAGGACAUAGGCGUUCACAAUCAUAUGGAGCACCCGGAGCGUAUAUAACACAACCAGUUUCUCCCGGCGUCAUUUAUCGCACUCCCAGUACAGCAUCACGUGAAUCGUAUGCGGCACCCAGUUUCCAACGGCAACCUACCAUUCUAAUCAGAGCCGAGUCACAAAGGAGGAAAAAUGAAAUCGAACAAGUUGUACACACACUGGAUUACCAAGCCUCUAGUCCCGACGAAAAGGCCCUUGUCGAAGCCUGUGCCCAUUUGGGUUUAGUCUAUUUGGGUGAUGAUGAUGAAAUUUUGAAAAUUCGUGUUGUCCCACCACAUAUGGACUACAGUCGCCCAUUUAGUGUGGGUAAAGUAAACGACAUGAGCUUCGAUCGUCUACAUGUCCUGGAAUUCACUUCCGAUCGUAAACGUAUGAGUGUUAUAAUAAAAGAUGAAAAUAAUGUUAAAUGGAUUUAUACAAAGGGUGCGGAAAGCUAUGUAUUUCCCUUGUGUAAUAAUCAAUCGGCGGAUAUGGUUACCAAAACGGAUGCUCAUAUAAGUGAUUUUGCCCGAUUGGGUCUGAGAACAUUGGCCAUUGCUCGGCGGAGAAUUGAUGAGGAGGAGUAUAAGCAAUUUUUGGAAGAAUUGAAUGAAGCUAACAGUUCGUUGGAAAAUCGCAAAGAGUUGAGCGAGAAAUGUUAUGCGAAAAUUGAAAGCAAUAUGGAUCUAUUGGGCGCAACGGCCGUUGAAGAUGCCCUGCAGGAUGAUGUGGCCGACACGUUGGUAUCUCUACAAAGGGCUGGCAUUAAAAUUUGGGUUCUAACGGGAGACAAGGUGGAGACUGCUUUAAAUAUUGCCCUCUCCUGCGGCCAUAUUCCCCAGAAUGCUUUCAAGUACUUCAUAAUCGAGUGUACACGCAAAGAGGAUAUGCUGUUGCAUUUAAACGCCCUGGAUCGUGAAAUAAUUUUCGGUAUGGGUCGACAAUGUGCUCUCUUGAUUGAUGGCAAAAGUUUAACAGUGGCCCUCAAUGAAACACCAGAUGAAUUCCGUGAUGUAGCCAUCAAAUGUACUGCCGUGCUGUGUUGUCGUCUUAGCCCUCUGCAAAAGAGUGAAGUUGUAUCGCUGAUAAAGACGGCAAAGCAGAAUUUCAAUACUGCGGCGAUUGGUGAUGGGGCCAACGAUGUUAGUAUGAUACAAGAGGCUCAUGUUGGCAUCGGUAUUAUGGGUAAAGAAGGUCGGCAGGCAGCUCGAUGUGCAGAUUUUGCUUUUGCCAAAUUCAAUAUGCUGAAACGAUUAUUACUGGUUCAUGGUCAUUAUCAUACUACAAGAUUGUCCUUGUUGGUGCUGUACUUUUUCUAUAAGAAUAUAUUCUUUAUGGGUAUUAUGUUCCUAUUCCAAUUUCAUACACUGUUCUCAUCAUCAUCGGUAUACGAUUCAUUAUUCCUGACCCUGUACAAUGUGAUAUAUACAUCAUUGCCGAUUUUCUUUAUAUCAUUAACGGAGAAACCAUAUACGGAGGAGACGCUGAUGAGGGAACCUGAGCUGUAUAAGAAAAACACUGGCAAUAAGCAAUUGCAGUGGCCCUUCUUCCUUGCCUGGACAUUGUAUGCUGUCUAUCAUACCCUAAUCUGUUUCUACUUUGCCUUCUUUAUAUUCUCCACCAAUGAUGUUAUCCUAAAUGUUGGACAAACGGCUGAGUUUUCAUGUUUCGGAACAUUGCUUAUACAACUGGUGGUGAUUGUGGGCAAUUUGAAGCUAUGGCUGGAAUCGAAAUAUUUAAGUUAUUGGUAUAUUGUCACAAUAAUUGGUUCGAUAUUGGCAUUUAUGAUAACCACCGUCAUAUAUAAUGUGAUUAAUUUCCAAUACGACACCGAUAUCUAUUGGGCCUACAACAAACUGCUCAGCUCCAUUCCCGUAUGGCUAUUUACCAUAUUGACAACAGUGGCCUGUCUACUGCCCGAUUUUACCUUCCGCAUGGCCAAACGAGGCUUAAAUUUACCUCAACGUAGUUUCUUCCCCGGCAAAGAACGUCUGCGUUUACUGCAGCUGAAUCGCAAUAAAGUCCAAUCAACGCAUUUAUAGGACAG